GCAUAAUCAAGAGAAUGUGUUUGUUUGAUGGUUUCCUAUAUAAUUCAUGAUUUUCAUGGCCUGCUUCAUAAGUAUGCUCAUGCCUAAUUAACUCUCUGAACAAGUAGUUUGAAUUAUAUCCUGUUUGUUGUCUAAUUGAAUGAAAAAAGAUCCACUGAUAUAUUUUGUUGUGUGAUCUUAUUUGAUCUGAUAUGGAUUUUUGUUGCAGCAUUGAUUGCAGUUGGUUGGUUUCAGUUUUAAUACUGAAAACUGCCCGUAUCAUAUCCAUUUCUCAUUUAUGCAGCGGUUUUGAAUAAGUUUAAUUUUGAUCCAUAUGAUCUUUGUGACCCCUAAAGUUUCAGAAAUAACAUUUCAUCCCACAGUUUUCUAAACUGUAUCAUAUCAUUCGCUCCGUCAAAUAUGAUCGAAAAUUAGGAGGUAAAAUGUUACGUGGAAACUAUGUGGGGGAAAAUAAAAUUUUCAGUAAAUUAUAGGGUUAAAAGGAAGUUUUUCAAAAAUUGUAGUGCUUAAAGCAUCUUCUUGCAAGAAGAGAGGAUCAGAAUUGAAAGUUUCCAAACAAAGUAAUCGUAAACCUUGUAAUUUCUUUUUCUUUUCUUUUGGGGAAAUUUUGUCACGCGGUCAGCGUGGUCGUUGAUCGCAAAAGCGCUUGAUUAAUUUCUGUCGGUUCCUUCUUGUUUUCUUUGGCUUCGUGAACUGGAUAAGAAAAGGAAUCGAUUGGGAUGAGGCUGACGGUGUUCGCUCCCACGCGCUUGAAGAGAUCAUUAGAAAGGGCUUUCUUCUGCAGCACCGCUGCAGACAAAUGGGAAGGCAUGGUUUCCAUGGUGCAGGGCACUUCGCGAGGAAUCGGCCUUGAAUUUGUGAAGCAACUUCUGGAGAAGAAUGAUGAAGGGCAUGUCAUUGCAACUUGCCGGAACCCUAACCAAGCAACGGGCCUUCUCAAACUAAAAAAUAAAUUUUUGGAACGUCUAAGCAUAUUGCCUUUGGAUGUAACCAAGGAAAACACCAUAGAGGCAGCAGCAACCACUGUGAAAGAGAGCUUUGGUAAACUGAAUCUACUAAUUAAUGCUUCUGGGAUUCUUUCAAUACCAGAUGUACUCCAACCAGAAACAACGUUGAGCAAAGUACAGAAAUCAUCUCUCCUUCUUGCAUACGAAGUUAAUGCUAUUGGUCCUAUUUUGGUUAUCAAGCACAUGUUGCCACUGUUGAAGGCUGGCGGUGGCUUUGGAACUGAAAAGAAGCAUGCCAUUAUUGCAAGCUUAAGUGCUAGAGUGGGCUCAAUAGGGGAUAAUGGUUUGGGAGGAUGGCAUUCUUAUCGUGCUUCUAAAACAGCACUAAACCAAUUGACAAAGACGAUAUGUGUAGAGCUUGGUCGGAAGAAGGACCCAAUCGUUUGCAUCCUGUUGCAUCCGGGAACAGUGGACACAGAUCUUUCACGGCCAUUCCAGAGAAAUGUUCCGCCUGGUAAACUCUUCACAAAGGAGUUUUCUGUGCAAAAAAUGUUGACCAUCAUAGACAAUGUUAAAAGCAGCGAUAAUGGAAAAUUCUUCGCAUGGGAUGGUCAAGAGAUUCCCUGGUAGAAUGAUGCUACAAACAAAUCACUUGUCACCCUCAAAACGCCUCCAAGCUCACGGUCUGUCUCAUCUUGUUAUGGUAUAUAUUGUACUCAUCUUUUUUCUCAAUGAACACAACUUGUAUCCAAAUCUUUUUAUUGGUUGAAUUUUUUUUAUCUGAUAAGAAUACUUUAAUUUGGUUCGA